CCAUUUACAGGGCUUUGGUGAUGGGUCGUGCACAGUUUGAAUAUGAUGAAGUGGGUAAUACAUUCUACUAUGUUCUAGUAUCAUUUUACGCCUUGGUCCUCAUACCAGCAACAUUUUUUUUCUGGCCUUCGAGUAAAUUAGAUAAAAUUGAAAGGAAGGAGCACUGCUAUUGUGAAGGAUGUACUGACAAGCGUAUCAAAGCAGAAGCGAAACGUCCAUGGCGGAGGACCAAGAAAUUUCUAACUUUUUUAGCUUUAGCCCUAGCGUGGAUCUUAUUUUUUAUCAUUGUACGUAAAGUAACGCAAAUUGAAGUUGAACAUACCGAGUAUGAUCCAUACGCUAUACUUGGUAUUGAUCAGGGAGCUGCUAGCUCUGUUGUGAAAAAGAAAUACCGUGAACUAAGCAAGACAAUGCAUCCCGAUAAAGGGGGUGAUCCUGUGCAGUUUGAUCGCAUCGCAAAAGCAUAUCAGGCGCUAACUGAUGACGAAAGUAGAGAGAAUUGGGAAAAAUAUGGCAAUCCGGAUGGACCAACUGCGACUACAUUCGGAAUUGCAUUGCCAAAGUGGAUUGUUAGUAAGGAAUACGGUGUUUGGGUGCUUGCAUUUUAUGGCUUCGUCCUCAUGGUUUUGCUUCCUUCAGCUGUUGGCUUUUGGUGGUAUAAUUCCAUCAAAUAUAGUAUUGAUCAAGUAUUACUGGAUACAACUGAAAUGUAUUACUAUUUUUUCCAUAAAACACCGAAAAUGGAAAUAAAUCGUAUUUUAAUGGUGCUUGGAGGUUCAUUUGAAUUCUGGAGACAGUACAAUAAAGAAAUUGUGGAACGUGAAAGUGACGAUACUGAGUUGCCACCACUCAUCAAACAGUUCAAAAAUUUAAGUGAAAAUAAGAAGGAACGACCUCUUUGCUUGCCGUAUUCCCUGAAGGCGCGCUUCUUUAUCCAUGCGCAUUUGUCGCGCUUUGCAAUUGAUUCAUCCAAUUUAAGAAGCGACUGUGCUUAUGUGAUUUCUAAAUGUGUUAUGCUUGCCAACGAGAUGUUAGCCAUCGCCCAACAUUUAUGUUUCUACGGUAAUCCAGCGCGUUGCCCAUCGCUGGAUACGAUCGAAAACUUGGCGAAAUUAUUGCCAAUGAUUGUCCAAGCAUUGUGGCCAAAGAAUAGCCCUUUAUUACAAUUACCACAUAUCACAGAACAAAAUUUACACUAUUUCCGUCGCAACCGUAUAAUCACUUGUGCAGACCUUGCAAAUCUAAACGAAAUUAAACGUCGUCAGGUAUUGCAGUCGUUAAGCGAUGCCGAAUACAAUGAUAUAGUCUUUGUACUGCAGUCGAUGCCUAGGUUAAAUAUUGAACCUCGUUUUGAAGUACAAGGUGAAGAUGACGCUCAAAAAGUAACAGUUGGUUCAGUGGUUACUUUGAAGAUUGUUUUAACAAGAAGCCCAUUAUUAGAUUCAAAUAAACGGGAAGAAGAAAUCCGUGAGGUUGGUGAGGAGGAAGCAGAACCAGUGGAGGUGGUUGGUGAUGAAGAGGAAACAAAUGAAGAAAAGGACAACAAUGCACCAAAGAGGAAAAUAUGGGAGAAACCGAAAAAGAAACAAAACAGAACGAAACCAACCAAAAAUAGACAGGGACAGAAAACCAAAUUAAUAAAAAAACCUGUGAUUAAGUCAGAAGAAAACAACAAAGAAAAACUGGAAGAGCAAAAGAAGAACAGGAAAGAGAAUAAUGAUGAUAUGGAAACAAUUGGAGAUAGCGAAAACGAGGAACCGAGUGGUUCCGAAAAAGGAUAUGUUAAAGAUGAAAACGAGAAGGAGAACGGUAGUGAUUUUGAAGUGAUGGAUGAAUCAGAUAAUGAAGAUUGGACGAAUGAAAAUAUGGCGAAAAAGAAUCCAUUUUGGCAAGUAGGAGUAAAAAGACCCAUCCAGUGCACUGUCCUUACUUCCCGAGCGAAAAAUUCGAGUGGUGGUGGUUACUGCUUGUUGAUAAGAAGCUUCGUAAGCUGGUCGUGCCAGCAGUGCAUUGCACAACACUCGUUAAUGAGCAGACGGUGGAAAUAAAGUUUGCAGCACCGCAGCACAAAGGCAUAUAUUACUAUAAUUUAUUAGUUAAAUCGGACUCAUAUAUGGAUUGUGACUAUUUACUCGACCUAAAGUUAGAUGUUCACGAGGCGAAGGAAGUGCCUGUAAUUAAAUAUGAGGAUUCAGAUGAGGAAGAACAGCUAGAAGAUUCAUCUGACUACACGGAAGAUUCGGAAUCGGAACACGAAUAGAAUUUUGCAAAAUUAAUAUUGUUGUGAAACUAAACACCCAUGUUAGUGUUUUACAUAGAUGUGGGCAGACCCCAUUAUCCAAUAUGUCUUUCCUUUUUUGACCAAUUGAUUUAAUGCCCUUUAACUUAUUGGUACUGGAUAAUAUGGGUAGUUUAAUAU